UCAACGUCAAGCCAUUCUACUACCGCCGCCUCGUUGAGUCCCGGUUCGUCUUCGCCUAUGCAGUAUGUUUCAAUGGAAUUGUACCUUCAUUGGCUAUCCCAAUGUCUCCGAAUGCGCUAUCAACCCCAACUCACCCGCGACUGCUGUUCACGAAUAAGAAGGAUCUCUAUUCUGUUCUGUUGACAUGGGUCAUCGCUGUCAUAUUCGUUGCAUCUGUCGUCAUAAGUGCAAUCCACUAUCCUCGAUUAUUUCUCUUAGGGUCAGCGACUGUCGCUCAUGGCAUCCUUAACGUUUUUACGGAUAUCAUGGUGCCGCAGUUGGUUGCAGAAUCCAUUUAUUGGGAAGCCCCGCAGUAUGAGGCGAUUCAGGUGUCUUACCUACCUCGAUCAGCCCUCGAUGUACCAGACCGGGAGCAAGCAUGGUAUAUGUGGGCCGCCAAUGGUUACAGAUCGGGUGGGUGGCAAUGGCAAAUCCCCGGAUACAGCAAAGACAUAGCAGUGUUGACAGUGAUGAUGCAGAAUGUUCGCAAAGGUGGUCCCCGGACCUCAGCAGGUUCAUUCACUUUUCUACUUUAUUUACUAUUAAUAUCUCUAAAACCACACGUACAGAACAAAGUGACAGAGCAGCCAUGCUAAGGAAAGCAUCACAAUGUGGUUUGUUACCGUCGUCGGCAUUG